AUGGCAUUUGUUAUUGGUUUUAUGACGCAGAUGAAAGGCAACAAUGGAGAAUCCCUGACAAAAAUGGCAAGCGGCAAUUCAACAUCAACAGCGACGUCUAUCUGGCUCAGCUUGAUCGUCUUAACGCUGCAAUCGAGGCGAAAAGACCGCGCAAAAAAAAACCACAUCGCGUUCCAUCACGAUAACGCCCGUCCACAUGUUGAGCGCCGUGUAAUCGAAUCCAUCGCCAAUAAGGGAUGGGAUCUGCUCCCACAUCCGCCGUACUCACCGACAGAAGCACCAACGGACUAUCAUAUCAAUCGCUGCUACGACGACUUGGAUGACUUGGUGGCUGAUGUCAAAGCGUGGAUUGCCUCCAAGAAUCGUGACUUCUUCGCACGUGGAAUCGACCGACUGCCAAGCAAAUGGGAAGCAGUUCUUGAAGUGGAUGGUGACUAUGCUCUCGAAUGA